UUCUGUGUGCUACGGUACAAGGGGAAAGUGAGUGCUAUGGAUUAAUGCAACCCCUAAUAUUUAGUAAAAAACAUUCCUAACAGGAAGGUAGCUCUAUUUUAAACUUCAGCCAUGUUCGGCCGGUCGCGGAGCUGGGUUGGAGGACAGGGAAAAACGAAAAAUAUCCACUCUUUGGACCAUUUGAAAUACAUGUACCAUAUUCUUACCAAAAACACCACUGUGACGGAUCACAACCGAAACCUGCUUGUGGAGACCAUUCGCACCAUCACAGAGAUCCUCAUUUGGGGGGAUCAGAAUGACAGCUCAGUGUUCGACUUUUUCCUGGAGAAGAACAUGUUUGUCUUCUUCCUCAACAUCCUACGUCAAAAGUCUGGUCGCUAUGUAUGCGUCCAACUCCUUCAGACCCUCAACAUAUUGUUUGAAAACAUCAGCCAUGAGACUUCCCUAUAUUAUCUUUUAUCGAAUAACCAUGUCAACUCCAUUAUCGUCCACAAGUUUGACUUCUCAGACGAAGAGAUCAUGGCCUAUUAUAUUUCCUUCCUCAAGACUCUGUCUCUCAAACUGAACAACCACACUGUGCACUUCUUCUACAAUGAGCACACUAAUGACUUUGCCCUGUACACCGAAGCCAUUAAGUUUUUCAACCACCCAGAAAGCAUGGUUCGCAUCGCAGUUCGAACAAUCACCCUCAACGUCUACAAAGUCUGUGCACUGCAACAAAUGACCACCUGGAAAACAGUUUCAUUGGACAACCAGCACAUGCUGCACUACAUUCGAGAUAAGACAGCGGUCCCAUAUUUCAGUAACUUGGUCUGGUUUAUCGGCAGUCAUGUCAUCGAGCUGGACAAGUGUGUGCAGACAGAUGAAGAGCAUAAGAACAGAGGAAAGUUAAGUGACCUGGUAGCAGAGCACCUCGAUCAUCUUCACUACCUGAAUGAUAUCCUCAUCAUCAACUGUGAAUUCCUAAAUGACGUGCUAACUGACCACCUCCUGAAUCGUCUCUUCCUGCCCCUCUAUGUCUACUCUUUGGUUAGUCCUGAGACGUCUGAGGAGAGGAAGAUUAAUCCCCAGGUGUCGCUCUACCUGCUUUCUCAAGUAUUUCUUAUCAUCCACUAUCAGCCUCUGGUCAACGCCCUUGCCGAUGUUAUUCUCAAUGGGGACCUCUCUGUGUUCAUUGGCCAGACAGACGUACACAGCACACACAAAAAUACGCAUGCCAGUGCAGGAGCUCUUCGUCGCUUCAUCAAACCCCCAGAGUCUCUGGAGCGGUCCCUGGAAAUGUCUCGCCAUCGAGGCCGCAAGAAAACACAAAAAAGACCAAAUUACAAAAACUUGGGCGAGGAGGAUGAUGAAAGAGCAGGGGGAGGCGGUGGCGGAGGAGGAGAACUGGAGGAGAGCUGGGAUGAUGACAGCAGCAGAGGAGAGAGGGAGAAGGGAAAAGGUACAGAGGGAUUAGGAGGAGGAGGAAGUGGGAGCUCUAAGGGAGGCAGAGCGAGUGGGGAGAUGGCGGAAGAAAUUGAGAUGGUGGUGAUGGACAAGUGUACAGCAUCAGAACUGGCUGAACAGAACAUCACUGAUGAGGAAAAGACAGCUGCUGCCACCAGAACAAACACACAAAGGAGCAGACCAUUUCUGGACAUGGUGUAUGGUGCCCUUGACUGCACCAGUGAUGACUACCAUGCCCUGUUUGUGCUCUGUCUGUUGUAUGCCAUCUCACACAGCAAAGGUGUAAACCAGGAUCUUCUGGAGCGUCUACAGUUGCCGGUUCCCAACCAGGAGAGGGCCUCUUACAGCGUGGUGCUUGUGGAGAGACUGAUCAGGAUUAUGAACCAGGCAGCGCUGCCAGAUGGUAAAGUGCGUCUUGCUACUCUAGAGCUAAGCUGCCUUCUGCUGAAGCAGUCCGUCUUAUCUGGAAGCCACUGUUUAAUCAAAGACGUUCAUCUAGCCUGCCUUGAGGGUGCCAGAGAGGAAAGUCUGCUUUUACUGCGGACAUUUUACAAGGGCGAAGAAAUCUUUCUAGACAUGUUUGAAGAUGAAUACAGAAGCAUGACGAAUAAACCCCUGAAUGUGGAAUAUCUAAUGAUGGAUGCCUCCAUAUUGCUGCCACCCACCGGCACCCCGCUGACUGGUAUUGACUUUGUGAAGCGACUACCCUGUGGUGACGUAGAGAAGACCCGCAAGGCUAUUCGGGUGUUCUUCAUGUUGCGGUCGUUGUCACUUCAGCUUCAGGGUGAACCUGAGACUCAGCUUCCUUUGACCAGACCGGAGGACCUGAUCAAGACUGAUGAUGUCUUAGACCUCAAUAACAGUGACUUAAUAGCAUGUAUGGUGGUGAGCAAAGAUGGCAGCCAAGCCCAGAGGUUCCUCGCUGUAGAUGUGUACCAAAUGAGUCUAGUUGAACCAGAAACAAAACGCCUUGGCUGGGGAGUAGUCAAGUUUGCAGGACUUUUGCAGGACAUGCAGGUGUCUGGCGUUGAGGAUGACAGCAGAGCUCUUAAUAUUGUCAUUCAUAAACCCAGCUCCAACCCUCAUGCAAAGCCCCUGCCAAUCCUGCAGGCCAAUUUCAUCUUUGCUGAUCAUAUUCGCUGCAUCAUUGCCAAGCAGAGGCUAGCCAAAGGGCGCAUUCAGGCCCGACGCAUGAAGAUGCAAAGGAUUGCAGCCCUGUUGGAUCUGCCGGUGCAGCCCAGCGCUACAGAGGUGUUGGGUUUCGGUCAGACUGCCAGCGCCUCACCCAGCGGCCUGCCUUUCCGAUUCUACGAACAGUCUAGACGAGCGCCCAAUGAUCCCACAGCAAACAGAUCCGUUUUUGCCUCAGUCGACAAAGUGCCAGGUUUUGCAGUGGCCCACUGUGUGCCUCAGCACAGCCCCUCCCCACUGUCCUCCCCGUCACCUCCCUCCAGUGGGAGUGGGAGCACAGGGAGAUGCGACUCUGUUACUGCAAGCUCUGCGUCGUUUCAGAGCCCCUCAGAUGACGGUGCCUGUUUGGAGCGCACCCCAUCCUCGUCCUCAGGCUGUGAUGGGGAAGGAGGAGAAGCUCCCUCUACUCCAUCAAACCCAGUCCCAGCGCUAGCACCAAGCCUCACCCCGGCCUCCCAGCCCACAAUCUCCCUGCUGACAGACAGCAGCGCAGACACCCUAAGUGUGGAGUCACUCACACUGCUGCCCCCUGCCGAUUCUCCACACCUCCAUCCUUGUGCUGCGACUCACUCUCUACAGAGACCAGAUGCGCCCAUAAUAGAGGAAGAGAAGGAGGCUGAUGGAGAAAGAGAAGAGGACGAGACAGAGACAGAUGCAACUGUUAAAGAUGAAACGACUGAAACAACGGAGAUGAUCACACCCACUGAUGAGGGUCCAGAAGGAGCAGAGCAGCAAGGUGAGGAUGGAUCUCUGGAGUAUGAAAGAGAGAGCACAACAACAGAGUCUGUGGAGAAGACUGGAGAUUCAGAGAUCCAGAAAGAAACGGCAGAGUCACCUGAACUGGAUUGAACAUUUAUACACAUGUAUAGCAGAGUGCUGGACAGUGUGGUGGGUGGACUGUUCUGUACUGACAGUUAUAUUUUCAUGUCACCAUCCAUGGGGAUCUUUGGGUGUAAUGUAAUACUCCCACUGUGGAUUGGGAGGUAUCUUCUCAUUUGUGUUUGCACAGUAAGAAAGACACUUUUUCUUCUAUGAGAAAAGAGACAGACACUGGACAUUGUUUUCUGAGCACUCGUGAGCCUGGUAAAAUUUUAUCAAGGCACACAACCAGCAGCUUUUUGUAUUCAUUCAGAUAGUUUAGCAUUUCUACAUGUCCCAUGCUAAUAAUGUGAGCAGGUUUUCCACUUUUCUAUGACAUACUUCAGUUCAAAUAAAGGUCACAUCCGAUUUAGGGCAGCAUUGUUUACAAUGCUAAACACACAAGGUAUACACAUAGUUUGUACUUUCCUAAACAGGAUCUGCUAUGACUUUUAGUAUCUGUAUGGAAAAUGAUUAGCAGCAAAAGCAUUCCCAAGUUGACGUUUUGUCAACAUGGGGUCCAGUUUUCAUUUUAGUGGCCUGUUUUUAGAGGCCGAUCACUGAGCUUAAGCACCACUUACACUGUUUUGACUAUUUGCAUUGAUGCAAAUUAAUGCUAGAUGUACAUAGUAUAAACAGUAUUUAAAUGUAUUCAUUUAUUUAUUUAUUAAUUUACUAAUUCAGUCUAAUAACAAAGAUGAAAUUGAAGUCUGAUUAAAAGAGAAGAUGGUUUAGUGGGAGUUCUUUUGUCGGUCGGGUAUCUGGGAUAGGUUAGAGGAACGAUCUUAGCUCCUUCAAUGAGCGCAAACAUUUAAGGUAAAUUGUAAAAAAAAAAAAAAGUUUUUUUUUUUCCCCUUUGAAUCAAGUUUGGACAAAACCUUAAAUUUUUGUUUUUUUAUUCAUCAGAGCCCACAUGCUAAGGCCAUGCUGCUUCUUAACGUCCCACUUUAAUCAGAUAAAUGAAGCUUUACUAUUGCAAUAACCUUAAAGUUAACCAAUAAAAGAAGAGAUGAAUGUAAUGUUUUACUUUUUCUCCACAUAGCAGUGUUUUUGUUCUCAGCUUCAGUUCCAACUUUUAUUUAUUUUAUUCUUUUGGGGGGAGGGGGGGCAUCACACAGUUUGUUUAAAUCUCCCAUUUAUUCCUUUUAGUUGUUGUUCACUCCUAAUUUUCCUUUACUUCCGUUUCAAUUUUUAUUUUCUGUGCUAUCAGAACACAAUUUCGAUCUUAAUGCUUAAUCAUUCUUCUUUCUAAAUCCAGAGCAAUACUCUUUUAUGGGUCUGUCUCUUGAUCUUUUCAUCCUGCUGUACAUAAAAGCAGAAGGAUGCUGUGGAUCAGUGGCACGCUGAAAUGGUUGAUGGUAAGCGGUCGGUUUAGGAACAUGUCAUGUGCCUCAAGCCACUAGAAACUACCACAGCAUGCCAUCAGAAGCCUCAGCAGUCAUCCGAUUGUAGUGUGAAUGUGUAUAUGAUAUAUUUGUAUGCUCUGUAAAUGCUCUGCUUUUAAACUUGUAAGUAUUGUUAAUGAAUAAAAACAAAGAAAUUAAGAAAUGCAAUAAAUUAUUCUACCUAACAGUCUACAGUUCUGG